AUGAGCGGUACAGAGGAACUACCCCGACCCGGGUACAAAAAAGACGACGAUGAAGCUGAGUAUCGUUGCGGAGAGGCACGGUUUGGGUUCCACAAACCGAAGGAAGAUGCUAAGCAGGCAGGGUCGCAUAAACUGGUUGCACGAAGCAAGAUCUUGAUCGGCGACGAGAGGUCUGGGCAGGGAGUGGAGAGUUUGGUAGGUUACAGUGGCCGAGCGAACGUAUACCUUGUGUGUGUCGUUGACGCGGGCAAGAUCCCGCUCAAUGAGAACAGGACUGCUGAUGACUUCGUGGACCUUGGGAACCUAUUGCAAUGGACGAAGACGAAGAGCAAGACAGGCCAGAGACUACGUAGGAAGGGCAGCCAAAGAGCCUACCCUCAGGAGCUGUUGGUGGGAGAGUGA